AUGUGUAGUUUGUACAAAGAACAGGCGCUCGAUCUCUCCGGGGCUCUGAAUCGUGAGGGGAGCGUGACUUUUUUGCUUUUGGUCACCUCCUUCGUCUCCCUGAGCUGUCUAGAGCACCUGAUCGGGGAGCGAAAGCUAUUUAUUGUCGAGCGGGAGAACGGUUUUUAUACCACGCUGCCGUAUUUUAUCUCGAAACUCGUGGUGGAUAUCUUUCCCCUGCGCAUCAUACCGUCUGUGGUCCUGAGCUCCGCCAUUUACUUCUCAAUGGGAUUUCGCACGGACUCGGGUGAUCAUUUCCUUUGGUUUAUCCUCAUUAUUACGCUCUUUUCUGUGUGCAUGACAUUAAUGGUGAUGUGUGUUGGUAUUGUGAUGGAAUCGUUUGGGGCAUCCGCACUGGUGAGUAGCGUGUUUAUUCUGUGGUUCUUGGUGUUUGGCGGGGCCCUGGUCCAGACCGAGACUAUCCCGGAUUAUUUGAAGCCUUUUGGAAGUAUUUCGCCCUUUUUCCUUUCCUUUGAAUCACUCAUGGUAAAUGAGCUGGAUCACCAGUCGUGCGUGUUUUCACCCACGGACGAAACGGGGAAAAAGUCCUCGAAUAGUAUCUCUAUUCAAUGCCGACAGUACCUUUUUAACGCGGGUUUAAAACCGGCCCGGUUUUCGUUGGAUGUUAUGCAGUUGGGCUUGAUUUGCUUUUUGCUCGUUCUGGUGGCGUGGGUUCUACUCAACACCUUCACCAAACUUGCGCGAUAG